AUGACACAAGACAACAAAAACCUUGGAGAAAGAGGAAUACGGUGGCGCCUGAGCCACCCAAACCUUUACUGGCGUCGGCGAUAUUUCAGCGAAGACAAGGAAUCCUCCACUGAGAGCGCGUCACUGGAGGAACCCACACAAGGAAAUUUGGAAACCAAAGGCUCUUCUUCUGAAGCAUCUUCCUUCUACAACACGCAUCAGGCGCCAUUUUGGGGCGACUGA